AUGAAUUAUAAAACUGCUUGUGAAUUAUUAAAACUUCCACGUGAUUGUCAUUGUCAACGUACACGUGGUGUACCAAUAUCAUCAUUAAAUGAAACACGUUUACGAUGUCGUCAAUUUACUAAAAUAACUACUGAUUAUCAUUGGUCUAUUGUACCAUAUGAUCGUUUAGCAUUUGAAACUCCGAAUGAUAAUUUAACAUUAUAUCGUUUAGCAUUUGCUGAUAUUCGAGCACGAACAUUACGUUUUAAUGUUCAAAAUCUUUUUUUAAAUGAUCAUGCAUUUGAAAAUGCUUAUAUUGGUCAAUUAGCUAUUUCACAUACAGAUAAUGAUGGUUUAAUAAAUUUUGAAUUAAAUGGACAAAUAUUUUAUGGUACAACAAUAACAAAUAUAUAUAUAAAAUCAAUUGAUUUUCAAACACAAAUAUCUGAAAUAAUAUUAUCAAAUGCAAGAGUUUAUAGAUUUUUAAUUGAAUCAUCAAAAUUUUAUGGUUUUACAAAUAAAAAAUUUAUAAUUAAUCAACAAAAUGAAACAAAUUCUAAAAAUAAUAAUCAAUAUGAUAAUUUUCUUGAAUAUGAUACUAUAUUAACAACAAAUUCAUUAUAUUUAACAAGUAGUCAAUCAUCACCAUUAAAAAUUCAUCGAAUGAAAAAUAAGAGAAUUAUACGUCAAAUAUUCGAAACAAAUGAUGAUAAUUCAUCAUUACCUGAAGAAACUGUUAUGGUUAACAUAACAUCAAGUCCUCGUCCAGCUUUUGUAACAAUUUAUACAAUUCUAUCAAGUAUUAAUACCACAAAUUUAACAGAAAAUUUUUUUCCAAAUAAUUUAGAAUAUCGUCAAACAAAUGAAAUUGAAUUAAGUCAUAAUUAUAUUUAUUCAAUAGAUGCAUAUGCUUUUCGUCAUUUACAAUUCUUUGAAGGACGAUUAAUAUUAACUUAUAAUCAUAUUCAAUAUAUAUCUCCAUAUGCAUUUACUUAUUUAUAUUCAUUAAAAAAUUUAUCAUUAGCUAAUAAUUAUAUUCAAAAUUUAUCAUUAAUACAUUUUGAAAAUUUAAAUAAAUUAUAUGAAAUUGAUUUAAGUUUUAAUCAAAUAUAUGAUUUACGUAAUAAUAUAUUUCAAUAUUUAUAUAAUUUACAUAUAUUACAUUUAAAUAAUAAUCCAUUAAAAUUUAUUGAUUCAAAUGUAUUUACAAAUUUAAUUCAUUUAAAAGAACUUCAUUUACAAGGUAUACCAUUAAUUCAAUUAAUUGAUCCACAAUAUUCACAUUGGAUUUGGAAUUUAGCAAGUUUACAUGUAAAUUAUGUACCCAAUACGAAAAAUAAUCGUAUGUUCUCAAUAAGAACAUUUAUGUUAUUACAUUUAGCUAAACAAAUUAAACAUGUUGUUUAUUGCCUGUGUCAUAAUUUUGCAUUGAGUGAUUUUACAUUUUGUUUAUUAUCACGUUUUAAUGGAACAUUUUUUCAUGUAAAUCGUCAUCUUUUAUGUCCAUGUAAUGUUUAUUAUUUAUCGUUUAAUUCUGAUAUAUAUUAUAAUAUCACAUAUUCAACAGUAAAAUAUUAUACAAAUUAUUUACGUAUUACACCAAUAUGUAUUCUAAAUAAAACUAUAUCUAAUAUUGAACAAUAUCAAUAUGAUAAUGAACAAAUACAAUAUUCAAAUAAUAAUACAAAUUUUAUUUUUCGUAGUGGAGAAGAUAAAUGUAAUUAUAAAUUAAUGUUUCUUGAUUGUGAUGCUAUGACAACAACAACGACAACGACAACAACAAUUAUAACUACUACUUCAAUAGAAAUGACAACUCUGUUAGAAAUGACAUAUACUGCAGAAAGUCUUCUUCAUACAACACCAGAUAUUCCAAUAUCAACAUCAACACCAUGGUAUUUUAAAUAUACGAAACCACCUAAAUCAGUAAAUAAUGCAAAAAAAUUAUUUACUGUACUUGGUACAUUAAUAGCAAUAACACUUGGUGCAAUUAUUCUUGUUAUUUGUUGGUAUCGUCUUAAAACAAUAUAUACACGAAAAGAAAAAAGAAAAAAGACAAUUGAACAACAAAGAAAUUUUAAUUUACCACCAAAAAAUAAUAAUAAUGCUCUUUUAACGGCACCACGUUAUGCAUCAUCGGAUAUGUUAAGUAGUGUAUAUAGUACACAGUUAGCCGGCAAUACAAGUCAAUCACAAACAUUGAUUGCACCAGCAUCACCACCAUCAAUUGUUUAUAAAAAUGUCGAUGCUAUAACUAAUGAUGCAAUUCAAAAUUAUAUUGAUGAAGAAAAUCAACAGCAACAACAACAGCAACAGAAAAAUUUAACAAAUGAUAAUACAACAGAAAUACAAGCAACCACUCAAUGUUAA